AGCAGCCUUUGAAAUCUCAAGGAGCAACUUGAUGACCAGGAGGAGGAGCUGUUUAUUUAUUCAACAUCCACAGGGAGACUAGGAGGAGAGGUAAGGAGCUGUGCAGCGCAGUGCAGCCAGUCCUUGCUCCUCCUUCCCUCUAACCUCAGGUGAUCCAGAUCCAUGUGGGAAAAAGUUAUCAGCUGGCACCUGAGGUUGUCAGGGAAGGAGAGACGUUGGGGGUUUGCUUGGGCUUUUAUUUAUUUUUUUAUUUGCUAUUACUGCCAGCCCCAGCCCAGAUGCAACUGCCCCAGAGAAGAGGGAGAAAAGAACAGCUGCUAGGAAGAAAGGACUCCGAGAGUUGAAACCUCCGUUGGGUAGAUGGGAAUGAUGAAGCUCUGGGCUGCCCAGCUGGAACAUCAGUGAGAGAGAGAGUAUCGCUUCUGUAUUCCUAGGACCAAUGUCUGGUAAGUAGCAGCACGUGGAGCUGUGGUGCACAACUGGGGCAACUUUGCGAUUGGAGAAGGGGGGGAAGAAAGAGGAGAGCGCAGUGCAACUUUCAUAGAAUUUUGGAGCUGUAAGGGACCCCAAGGUUCCUUCAUUUGGAGUCAUGAAGCUCCUGUCUUUGAAAGUGUCACUGGCUUUGGGCAAUGCUGUUGAAAGAGGUGUUGCAGGGGGAGCAGGGGAGAUCUGUAUUUGCUUGUGCUUAGGAAAUGCCUGGAAUUUCAGCCAAGACAACCUCUUGGAGGUGCCAGUGUCUCCCUGGUGGAAUGCCAGCAGCCAGGUUUAAUCUCCCUGUGCAACGAUUAAGCUGCCGAUCUGCUUUAAUAUGGUAUGAUAUUGUUUCAUUAAAGCAGGCACUUCUUGGUUGUCAGAUGCUUUGAGAGCUCUUUGGCAGAAAACCGCCGCAAUAAGGAAUACUAAAAGUUGCACGCCAUGUGCUUUUCGUCUCUGUGGCCAGGCGCAACUUGCAAGGGAGGUGAGGGCUCCUGUAUCACAGGGAGGUAUGCAGAAGCAGGAAACUGAUCAGAAGCAUCUCUCCCCCCCCAAAAAAAAAACCAUGACAAGUUGCACCUGCUGAAAUUCCUGCUUCUCUACACCUACAGGAGAUAGAGGCAAUGGACCACUGGGCUUUGUGCAUUGGAAUUUUGUAACCCAGCUGUUACAGCCACAGUAUUUCAGAGCAGCCUCGACAGAUACAUUCCGAACCCACCCGCUUCACCUGCCUAGGGUCUGGAGCAUCCUAUUUCAAGAAACCUUAGAUUAGAACAGGGUUAGCUUUGUAGAUCUAUGUUGGACUCCAGUCCCCAUCAGCCUCAGUCAUUUUGGUCAAUGGGCAGGGGUGAUAGGAACUGUGGUGUAUUGCCUUCUGGAGAGCCACAGGUCACCUCCCCUUGGGUUAGAAGGAGAGAAUCCCAGAACCUCUGCUGUCAUUUUAGUCUAAGAGGAUGUUGCAUCUGUAUUUGAAUUCUUGCAUUGCUUUUAUGUACACUGUCCUGGGAACAGGCCUGAAGGGUGGACUAAAACACCCCUUUGAUAAUGUAGAACAAAUAAAACCUGUGCAGCUGUUGUGGAUUUCAGUGCUACCUGUUUCUCCCCCUUGCAUCAUGUGCUGGCAGUGCUUUUUUUCCCAGAAGAAAAGGUUCCAGAACUCACCUCAAAUAGACCUUUACACUACUAGUAUAGGUGACUCCCCAUUUAUGUGGGGGUUCCGUUCUGGGCCCCUGGGUGCAUACACAAAAUCACUUAUAAUGGGCAGUACCCUGGAGAGUCCUAGUGUCUCACAAGGAGACCCCUGAGCCCAAAGAGGAGGAGAGGAGGGUCUCCUUGCCAGCCAGAGGCUUGUUGAGGCUGGAGAUGCUUUUCUUGGGGGUGGGGAAGUGGGAAGAAAAUCGUUUUUGGGUGGGGAAACUCUGCAGGAUCCCACCCUUCAUUCUGUAGAGAACCCACAUAUUUCACUCAUUUCAAUGCUAAGACAAUGAUUUGUUUGUUAAGCUAAAGAUAUGCUUUAAAAUGUCUUCUAACCCAUUAGCAACGGCUUCAAAGCAGAGCCUGCCAUACUGUUAGGCAGAGUGAGAUGGUUGCUCAGGCAGCUGAUUUCAGGUGUCAUGACGAGGCAGCAAAUUGUCAAUGAGCUUGAGACUAUGCAAACUUCAACUUACAGGAGUUUGGGAUGAGAGGCCAAAGCAGAUAAAAGAUAUAAAAUUGUGGUGUGGAUCAUCCCAAAGUCCAUGGAAAGGGUAUUGCCGCAGGGCAAGAAACUGUGUGAACAAAAUGGACCCUUUUAAAUUAAAACAACAACAACACGUAUUACCUAAUAACUGCCUGGAACGGAGCAGAAACAGAAAUACAGUAUGUGUGCAAAUUCAUCCCUAAAACUGCUAGCACCUUUGCAAAGCUAAGCAGGGUCUGGUAUGGCUGCAGGUUGGAUGAGGGACCAUGUGUUGAAAUUCCUGCAUUGCAGGGGGUUGGAUGACUCUCGGGGUCCCUUCCAACUCUACAAUUCUAUGAAGUAACACACUACACACUAACAGUACAACCCUAUAUAUGUCAACACAGACGUAACCAACAUCAUGUUCAAGGGGAUUUAUUACCAGGAAAGCGGGUAUAGGGUUUCAGCCUAAAUCAAGUGUGAAGGACCACUAGGGACCACCCCUCUAUACCUUACAUUUCCUACCUACUCAGAUUCAAAAUCAGCGCUGGGUUCCACGGGAUUGCUGGCAGAGACUCUGGUAGAGUAAGAUGUAGCUGCACAAAUUGGCAUUAAAAUGUCUUGCAUCCUUUGAUAAAACAAUCUCUUGAUGAAGGGAAAAGAGAUGGCAACAGAGGGGCAAGUUGGAGCUCCUAUCAAGCCAGAGAUGGAUGGAGAGGACUCCUGGAGGAGGAACCUGGAUGCCUAGUGACCUCUAGCCUUUGUGUGAAGGAAAGAGGCAUCAUGAGCCCAUGAAGAGGGUAAGGACAAACAGGGAAGCAGAUCUCAACCCCUUUACCUAAACGUUUGCUUACCUGCAAGCAUGGGAUGGUCCAGGAAGGGAACAUCAAGAGGCUUUCCACCUUCUUCAUGCCUCCCUGAGAAAAUGGCUGAGUCACAGAUGCUAGAAAAGGGAUGGCCGUGCCUGAACAAGUGAAGAAAGGACUGCACUUACUAUUUGCAGGAGAGCUUUUGAGUGGGUUCCCUGGCAUGGACUGGGGUAUUUAAAGUGUGCUUUAACACCUAAUGCCUGAUAAAAGCUGUUGAGCAUUCCCAAUUAUUGUGUCCAUUUGUAUAGAGGAAGAGGAGAGCGGCGGGAACGGAAGAAGUCCCUUUGACAUGCCCUGCCGUUGGGUGCCCAACAUUAACCAUUAAAACGUUUCGAACAGCUAGCAUCCUGGAUCACGAAGCGAGAUGUUAUGAACAGCUAUUAGGUGAUCAUAUUUUAUUUAAGCGAAUUGCUUGCUGGUGCUUAAUGAUGUUUUCUCAAUAUCUGGAAAACAGCCCACUGUUCUUAAUAGCUCAUUAAGGUUGAAAACUGCUAUCCGCCAGGAAACAUCUCCCAUGCAUGGUGGCAUUGAAGCUAGAAUUCAGCAGGAUGUGAAAGGAUAAAGUGGCAGUUUGGAGUUGAAAAGUGGUUUUUGACAGAAUGGUCGUGCAGGUGAGCAUUGCUUGAGGCAUGAGCCUUGGUCAGGGAUUCAGCCUUCCUCUGAGAUUUAGGAGGAACACAUUCUUCCCAUGGACAGUAUAAGGUAGUUGUAGACAGAUUUGCCUAUGCUCCUCCAUCUAUGAAGACUUCUGAUUGGUUGCUUGCCUUGUGACAGGUACAAAGCUACUUCCCCUCCCUUGGCUGGAACAAUGCUGGAGGGGAAAUUGGCACCAAAUAAAGCACAUUUUUUAAAAAUCCAAACAUUUAAACAGGAUGUGCUAGAUAUGAUUUGAAACCAGAUAUGAGUGUUAUUACAAGAGUGGAAGCAUUGGCUUUGGUUGUUCAGUCAAUCAGUAUGCACACUUCUGACUUUUGUAGUUGGUUUGGGAGGAUUUGUGAUCAGUGGUUUAGUGGAGCAGGAGGGGCAGGUGCAGAAUUAUUAUUAUUUUCACAGAUGAUACCAUUGCAAGACUGGUAAUUGCCAGUGCUGUGACCUUGGGGCAGGGGAAAGGAAGGACAGGAAAGAGGAAUGAGGAAAGAGGAAAGGAAAGGAAAGGAAAGGAAAGGAAAGGAAAGGAAAGGAAAGGAAAGGAAAGGAAAGGCAAGGCACACAGUCCCUUGGUUAAGCAGGCUUACACCAGUGGUUCUCAAAAGGUGUGGCAGCAGAGAAUGUCAAGUGUGGCAGGAAGAUUCAAGAACAAUCAAUAUUACAUUUUAGGAAAGAGUCAUGUUCUUAUGUAGCUGCAUUGUUUCAUACUUUCCAAAUGUCCCAUGAUCAUAUUAUAAAGCAGUUGUGUUCUAUGUUAUGAAUCAAGCACUGCUAGGAGUUGUGUCUUUUCAUUCUGCAAUGUAUUUCUAUUCAAUAAAAAGUUUGGUGAGGUGUGAGCCAAUUUUUAUUCUGAAAGCGUGGCCCAGAGAAAAACGAUCGGCUUAGACGGUGAGCGGGCCAAGCUCAGCCAGUGAAACUGAUGGUUGAUUUCGAGUGGGACCCCUGACCAAAGUCCAACAUCCUAAACACUAUAUACCAGCUCAUGCAUAUUUUUUACUCUCCUUGGGGGUAUAGCAAUAGACUCUCACAGGGACAUGAGAAGCUAUACCAAGUUAGUCCACUGGUUCAUUGAGCUCAGAACUGUCCAUACUGCCUGGCAGAGGCUCUCCAGGGUUUUAGACAGGGCAUGUUUCCAGCCCCCUUGAAUGUGCCAGGGAUUGAACCUAGGACCUUCUCCAUGCAAAGCAGAUGAGCUAUGAUGCCCUCCAGAUGUUGCUGGACUGCAACUCCCAUCAUCCCUGACCAUUGGUAGUGCUUUCCGGGGGAGAUGGGAAAUGUAGUCCCACGACAUCCGGAAACUGAUGUUGUGCUGAAGGCUGCUGCUGCCUGUCUGCUCCUCCAUGCCCAGUGCGCAUAUUUGCAAAUAAACGGAUGUUGCCAAAUACUGCAGAAUUCCCAUCCAGAAGGAAAACGCAGCAGUUCUCUUAGAACGUCGCUUUGCUUGGGGAAAUACGCAGUGAAUAACAGAACAAUGCCCUGUUUCUCAACAACAUGCGGGUUUUAAAAAGAAGUCAUGCCCAUUUCCCCCUCUGCACAGAAGUUCCCACAUCAUGUUUUAGUGCUAGCUGCCUUCCUGAUUUAUUUCCUGAUUUGUAUCGCCUCAUUCUUGGAUCAGAUAGGGCAAACUUGCUCUUAAAAACCAGCGAGCCGAAUGCUGCUUCCAUUGCCAGUGGCGUAAAUCCUAAGCGCUUCUGCUUGGACUCCGCAAAUUUACUCCGGAAUUGCACCGCCGUGAAUGAAAUUGCAGCUUGGCCUUCAGCCACAUGGGUGGGUCAGAUAUGUUUAAGGAUAUGAUUAAGCUGUGGGCAAAGAAUUGGUCACGUCACACUUGCGUAAAUGUCAAGUUCUGAACCUCUUCAAGCGCACACAGUGCAGGCUGUAUUAUGCUGUACUGUCACAGAUAUUGUAGCUAAUGGUACAGGCAGAGGAAUUAUUCCACUGCUCAUUCUGUCUACCAGACACCUUAUUACAGUACUAGUGUGUGGACUCUGAUUUAUGUUUGGGCCCUCGCCUCCACCUGGAAAAGAAGACAGAGUACACAUUUACAUGUGGCACAAAGUGUAUGCAAAUCUUACGUGAAUUUGUGUCUUCUUUUGCAAGUGGCUAAAAAAUAUUAUGUAAAACUUGAAAUUUAGCCAUUGAGAGGCCUAAAUAGUAUCUUAUUAUUGUACAUUAAUCUACGCUCCCUGUUGGCAUCUCUGGGUGGAAGUAUACAUGACAAAGUUCUCUUAUGCUCUUCCUUGAUCACCAUGCCCCUGAGGGUCAGCUGGCUUUUGUGAGGGACUAAGCCUUUAGUGUGGCAGGCUGUGCCUUAUGGGAACUCUCUGCAAGUAGAUGUCCAUCAUUAAACCACCUAGCCGUUAGUACUGUGCGUGGAAGGUGAACUGAUUCUGCUACUGCACUGUUGUAGCUGGGGUUGGGGCCUUGCAUACAAGAGAGCGACUCAGUUCCCGUGACUCUACUGCCAUGCACCAGCCUGCUGCUCAUUCACAUUAAACCAUAAUUUGGUACUCUCACUGCACAAGAAACGUUAACCAACUUUAAUUAUGCAGCCUUCAUCUCCUGGCUUGUGAAUGAAUCCCACCUGAAAAUAGUGACAGUCUGGAAGUUCCAUGUUCUAAAUGUAAGCUUCCAUUGUAAAAUGAACAUCUGAAAUCUUUUGCUCACUGAAGUGUUGGUGUGUGUGUGUUUUUUGCUCAAUCAGAACAAGUAGCUGCUGUUGCUGGAGGUGUGGUCGGAGGCAUCCUUCUAUUGCUCCUUCUUGGGAUAGCAGUAUACCUCUUUUGGAAGAAUGUGUACUUCAAGGCUUCUUAUGAAGAACUUACUAAUCCCGCUUCCCCAGUCCAGGCCCCAGUUUGCCUGCAGGAGCCAAAUGUUGCAAGGUAAAUAGUGUAUUUUAUUUUACAGUGGUACCUCUGGUUACAAACUUAAUUUGUUCUGGAGGUCCGUUCUUAAGCUGAAACCGCUCUUAUCCUAAGGCACGCUUUCGCUAAUGGGGCCUUCUGCUGAGCGCGCGCCUCUGGCGCGUGAUUUCCGUUCGCAUCCUGGGGCAAAGUUUGCAACCAGGAGCAGCUGCUUCCUGAUUAGCGGAGCUCGUAACUUGAAGCGUUCGUAACCAGAAGCGUUCGUUACCAGAGGUACUACUGUCCUUUAUUUUUACGUCUGCUGUCAGUUAUCAAAUUCUAAACCGUGGGGCAGAACAUGCGACAAGAGACCCAGAUUGUCAGUGGCUAACCCAUUUCAGUGAUCCACUGUUUAUAGAUUCCAUGAACCAACGAUCUUUCCCACUGGUUGUGUAGAACCAAAUGGUGAAAAUGUGUACCUUUUUAUGUGCUUUAUUUAUUGUGUAUGACUUUUGUUAAGUUAGUAAUUAUGUAAAUCUUGUCAUGCUGUAAGCCGCCUUGAGCGUUGUUUACACUGUGGAAAGGCGGCAUACAAAUAAAAUGAUGAUGAUGAUGAUGAAAAUGUUCCGGAAGGCCUGCAAACACCAUCUUGGCUGUCAAGAUAACCCUGAAACUACCGUAAUUGAUAGUUGCUGAAAGAAUGAGCUUACAUAUAUUUAUUCACUUGCUUUGAUGUGUGCUUUGGCUUGCUUUGAUGCCCUGCUUAUCUGUGGAUUUGGGAAGCUUGGUGAUUGGCCUAGGGACGGGAGCUAGUCGUGAGAUUUGGAUACCUGCCACCUAUGCCCUCAUCAGCAGGUGAACUAAUGGGAGGUUCUGGCCAAAUUGAGAUAGGCUAUUUUUGUGCAAGGUAAUGAUGCAUAGAUGCUUUCUUGGGCAAGUCAUUACAACCUCUUGCUGCUUUGGUGUCUAUCCUGAGUCUGUGCUGUAAGUGCACUCCUUCUUCUAAUAAAGAACUGGAAUUGAACAUGUUUUGUUUUGUUUUGUUUUGUUUAUUUUAUAUACCACCCUAUACCCGCAGGUCUCAGGGCAGUUCACAGAAUAAAUCAAAAUGUAAAACCACAAAAUACAGAAUCAAAAUAAGAGUAACAACAACCCAAUAACACACACAAUAGCGCACGCGCGCGCACGCGCACACACACACACACACACACACACACACACAUUAUUCCACUGCUUUUGGCAUGACAAUCCUAGUUUCAAUAAAACAGCAACAUACACUUUUUAAUGUGCUAAGUUGUAUCUCAGUGUUUCACAUUUGCCCAUAAAAGAUGACAGAGAGUAAUUUAUUAAAUGACUAAUUCCUCUACUUGGGGUGGGGGGAAAUACUACACUGACAGAACACGUGGAUGUGUUUCCUACUAUUGCUAGUAGAAAAACAAACUAAUACAAGAAACAUCUUUUUUUAAAUGUGAACACAAAAUUAACAAGAAACUAACCAAAAUGUUUUAUAUAGAAUUAAGACUAGAUAGGUAUAUGUAAAGACAUAUUUUGUUUGAAACUAAACUGCCAUGAGAGUUUAUGAGGCAUCUCAAAUGUAAGUAAAUGCUGUUAUGAGUUGCUCAUAAAGGCUGCUAUGAGUUGACAUCCUUUAUGACAUCCUUCUUUGGUAUCCCUGCACCUCACUCACACAGGACCUCCUUUGGGCCUCUGGAUCAGGACAUUAGUCCCACCUCUGGCUCCAGCAUCACUUGGGUAACAAUAAGUGGAUUGUUGCAGUGUGGUAUGCCUCCAUUCCAUUCCCCCCUCCCCUCAGUUUUCCAUUCUUCCUUCCAACAGUCCGUUGGCAUCCUGUCCUGAGCAUGCUCAGUCUUCAUCAGGCUCUUCACAGGGUUGGGUGGGGUCUUUUUUCCCCUUUCGUCCCCUCCCCCCCAAAAAACACUUUUGAUACUUCUGUACACAUCAGACUUUCUCCAAGUAUUCUCUUUUUUAUGAGGGUGCUGUUUUUGCUGCACAAUAACUACGGUAACACUUGAAGAUCUAAGAUGAUAGAUAGAUAGAUAAAUAGAUAGAUAGAUAGACAGAGAGAGUUCAAAUUCUAAAUGAAAUGUAUUGUUUAUGUGGGGGGAAACCUGAUCAUCUCCCACUCCCUUUAAAAAUUAUUCUGAUUUAGGGUAGAAGGGUUGCACUACUUAUUGUCUUUUAACUGUUUUUCUUUUUAAUUAAAAAAAAUAGUUCCUUAAAACCAAGGAACUAUUUUUUUAUUUAAAAAGCAUUUAAUUUGUUUACCGUAUUCUUUCCAUUUCCGCUAGAUGUGUUCAUGUGUAUAAAUGAUAAUGCAGCCGUAGAAAAUGUCUAGAAAAACAAUGGUCACGUUCUAUCUGAAACCAAGAUCGUCUACCGAUUUCAGCGGAGGAAUUUAAGCGCACGUUUAAAUCAAACAAUGGGUUUAUUUUACACCUUUUUUGCUAGCUUGAUAUGACUGACUCUGGUAGUUGUCUUUUCUGCAGGACGAAAAGCGUCCCCUUCAUCGUCCCACCAAAAUUUCACAGGCAAGCUUGGAUUGAUAUGAUAAAUGGAGAACAAAUUCAGGAGGAUAGUGACCUCUAUGUCACCCCUGACUCUGGGCCUCGAUCUUCUUUCCAUUCCUUAGGUAGGUUGAUAUUAUUUGAAUGAGUAAACUGAAUGAGUAAACUGGACUACAGAGUGUUAGAAAUCUGGAAGCAGAAUUGGAAUUUGUCUGAACUACAGAUGGGGUCUGUUGUGGGACCAAUGCAGGUUGUGGAGGCUGUAUACUGUUGGUGGAAGGAAUCAUGCAUAAAAGGCAUCAAGUUUCCCCCUGAUGAACCUAGUGUUGUUACAGUUUGAAUCUAAACCCUUGUGCCAAAAGGUCAACACAUAGUCUUACUCAUGUAAUUAAUAAUAAUAAUAAUAAUAUAAAAAUACAUUCACUGUAGUUUCACAGUUUGCAGAGGUGUACAGGUUUGUACAGGAACAUUCCAUUUUGUAGAUCUGAUAUUCUUAACUCAAAGGAUCUGGGUUGUUUCUUCCUCUCUGUGAAGCUGGCGCGUACCUUGUCGGAGCCAUCAACCCAGAGCUGUACAGAUUUCCCGAAGACAAGAGCGAAACAGACUUCCCAGAGGGUAACAUUGGUCGGCUUUGGUUCUCAGUGGAAUACGAACAAGAAUCGGAAAGGCUCCUCGUCUCCUUGAUCAAAGCCAGGAAGUUGCAGUCUCCUUCUAGCUCCUGCAACCCUUUGGUGAAAAUCUACCUGUUGCCCGAUGAGAGGCGCUAUCUGCAGUCUAAGACCAAGCGCAAAAAUCUCAACCCCCAGUUUGAUGAGAAUUUUGUUUUCCAAGUAAGCUUUCAUGUCAGUGGAAUAUUACAUUGAUGCUGGCCCGGCCCUCCCAUGAGGCAAAGUGUGGCAACUGCCUCAGGUGGCAAAUUCUGAGGGGCAGAGCAUGGCUAGAACUGUGUGUUAUGUUGUCUGUCCUACAACCCCCAAGCUAGCUUUCUGCCCUACAGUGUGGUGGAGGACUUUGUUCCUUCAACCAGUGCUGAAGUAAAAUGCAGCUACCAGUCUUGUCAGAUUUUCACAGAAUGGGGACUGCACCAUCUUGUCCUUUGCCUCAGGCAACAAAAUAGCUUGCACUGCUCCUGUUUUGAUCUGAUGUUGUAGAUUCUUGCCUCCCAUACACCUGAUAACUGAGAUCCAAACUACACAUCACUGUACACACACACUUCUCUCACAGUGGUCAACUGGGAGAGUAUUUACUGGGGGAAAUGAGACUGUUUAACCUCAUUUACAAUGUUCUGUUUGCUACUAUCCAGAUUUCCAGUAGCGCCUUAUACCAAAGGACACUGAAGUUUUGUGUCUACCAUGUUGACAAACAGAAGAAACACAUUCUCUUAGGCCAAGUAAUAUUCCCUUUGAAAAAUGAAUCCUUUAGCGGUGAUGGCAAAGUGAUCGUCUGGAGAGAUCUGGAAGCCGAUACCCUUGAGGUAGGUGAUUCAUUAAAGCUUAAAUCAUUAUCCUACCUUGUGUGUAGAUAGGGGUGUUCUAGAAAACUCAGCACACACUAAACUGUCAGAUGGGAUGAGCUAAGAAAAUGUAAAGACACAGGGCAAUCCUACACAUAUGUACUUCCCAUUGAGUUCAGUGGUACUUUCUCCCAUGUAAGGAAGAUUGCCACCUUGUGAUUCUUGUAUAGCCUGAUUUGUGUAUCUUAAGGGUACAGUUCAAAAGGCAGAUAUUGCAAUUGUCAUUUGGCAUGAUCUGGCCAAGAAAUGAUAAGCGUUUUAUGGUUCCACCCAAGGUUGAGUUCCAUCAAAGUCAACAGGAUGGAACUGUUUCCUGGCUCACCCCUAGAUAACCAGCCCUCACAUGAAUUCACAUGGUAACUAAGCCCUUUCUGUGCUGCAAAUUUAAUCAGUCAGAAUUAAAGUGAGAGCAGGCCCCUCCCCAUAAAUGAAAGCAAUAACCUGAGAAUAAGCUUUCAGGAAGCCAGAGAUCCUGGUAGAAAUAUUUUUUCUUGUGCUUUUGAGGUUGAACAGCUCUAUUAUGAGUGGAGAGAUUGUUCCUUAAUAAAUUUGAAAUGGCAGUAGAGAGUGGGAGAAAAGGCUAGAAUAAAUGUACAUUGUACAGUUUUGGAGCAGAGGGAAAUAAAAACACACCCUUUAAGGGAAAGAGAUCUGCACAGAUUUCCUUCCUGGAUUGGGAGCUGUGUGCACAGUCAGUUUUCUGGAGCAAUAUUGAGAUGCCCAUCCAAAGCUGAUACAGAUCUGGUGCGACUCCAUUUGCACUACCUGAUGUUAUGAGUCCUCAGUGUUGAGUCCUCAGGGGCUGUGGGGGCUAGAACCCCAGACUGUGGGCAACUUUUGGCUCUCCAGAUGUUGCUCAACUCCAAUUCCCAUUAGUCUUAGCAAGCAUGGUCCGUGGCUAGAGGUGGUUGAAAUAGUUCAGCAACAUCUGGGAGGCCAAAGGUUCCCCCCACACCUGUUCCAGAUCAACUAGUAUCCUUAAUGCCCUUUCCUACUGGGAGCGCAUCAGACUUUUCCUUUCUGCACGUGCUCAGUCUGUGCAUAAACCUGCCCCUUGACAGGGAAAGCAAGGUGAGGAAGGGAACCAAACUCCUGGUGCCAAUGACAAGCACUACAUAUUCCUUCUGCAUUUGUAAAUGAGCGGGCAUGGAUGGCAAACCUCUUCGCCUUUUCCUAAGGUAUCUCUAAUAUCUAUUGGGCACUGUUGCAUAUCACUGCUCACAUCCACAACUUUUACAUCCACAUUUAAAGUGCAUGGCUUCCCCCAAAGAAUCCUGGGAAGUGGAGUGUGUUAAGGGUUCUGGGAAUUGAAUCCUGUGAGCAGUAAGCUACAGUUCACAAAGACAAUAUAUGGUGUCAAUAUCUAUGGUGUGGGAUAAUAACCCUGCUCUUAAACUUAGUGGAGUAAGGAAAAGAUUUGCUUCUUAAUAUUAAAUUCUUGAUAAAGUGCAGUUUUUCCAAUACAGCUGACCAAUAUUCUUCUCCACCCCAAAGCUGCCUUCUGAACAUGGUGACCUCCAGUUUUCUCUCAGCUACAAUGACUAUCUGGGCCGUCUCACGGUGGUAGUGCUGAGAGCUAAGGGCUUGAAGCUCCAGAAUGAAAGACAUGCUGUCGGUAAGAAACACAAGGCUUAAUUGGGUUUUGAGAAAUUAACCCUAUUUACAGCACAUUACUUGGGUCUCCAGCUGUUUUUGGACUACAGUUCCCAUCAUCCCUGACCACUGGCCCUGCUGGCUAGGGGUGAUGGGAGUUGUAGUCCAAAAACAGCUGGAGACCCAAGUUUUGGAAACCCAAGACUGAAUAUUUGUGAUAUCAACACAGUCCACUGUCAGGGACUGGGCAGAGGAGGAAUGGUGGAGACCGCCUCCCCAGCCUGACCCUUCCAGAGAAGAUGAAGACAGUUCAGAAUUACAACAGGGGUUUGAGUGAAGUCACAGCUCAGAGGCAGAUGAGGGGAAAAGCUGGGAAAUAAUGGGAAAGAAGGAACAAGAAGCACCAGCUGAUGGACAUAGUGUCUUUAGAAAGCAUUCCAGACCUGCCCCCUCUCCCAGAAUCCAGCAAGCACUGAAAGCAGGAGAGCAGAGAGCUCAAAGGCAGAGGCACUUUUCAGCACCCGUAAUGAUGACGCAUGGAGAGAGGGAAGGGGUGGAGACUCACUCGGGGCAACGCCAUUAUUCCACGAGGCUGCAUUUCCAAGCUUCUCUCUGUGAAUAUUGAAUAAAAAGCAGUUGGUAAGAACUUUUCCUUGUCUUAUCCGUUCCUGGCAACCUGCUGUGGGGGUUGGCUCCUCUGCCGCCUGACAUCCACUGAGAUAAUGGAGGUUGCAUUCCAAACUGUAAUUCCUCAAGGUGCAACACUUGGAGAAGGGGUUGUGGGUUGUGGAUUUGUGCUCCUCUGAAUGCUUCCAACCUAUAUUGAGUGGUUUACAGCCUCAUCCCCUCAUUCCAGGUGUAUUUGUCAAAGUGUCACUAAUGAAGCAUAAUCAAUUCAUCAAAAGCAAAAAGACCACGGUUGUUCCUGCAUCCUCGGAUCCAUUGUACAAUGAGACUUUCAGCUUCAAGGUGGACCAGCAGGAGCUGGAUACAGCAAGCCUGAGCCUGUCUGUGCUCCAGGAUUCGGAGGGAGAAGGUAAGGAGCUGUUUUCCACUACUGCCAUCUGGUUACCUGCAUACUAUUUUUGCAUAGCAACGAAUCUGAGGACUUUUCUCCUUUCUCCUUCCUGUUUUAGAAACUUCACUGGGCCGUGUGGUUGUUGGGCCUUUCAUGUACACCAGGGGCAAGGAACUGGAGCACUGGAAUGAAAUGAUCAGUAAGCCCAAGGAGUUGGUGAAGAGGUGGCACGCUCUGUCUCUUAGCACCUGAAAGGUGGUAAGCACUCUUGCAAGCGAUACCUGUAGCAAAGAGCUUUCUGCUGUGCUGUCUCCGGAACAGGUUCUUCAGAUGUAUCCUCAGCUUAUGCCCAUCACAGAUGUUGGGUGACCUAGUUAUCAAGACAGUUGACAACGUUGCUAAAAGCGCCAGAUUUCACCUCAGAUCUGCUCAGUUGCAAAGUGGAAUUUGAUCCUUAAAAUUAGGAGAGCUCCCAAAUCAGCGUGAGAGUGUUGGCCACAUAUACCAUAGACCACUGAAAUUUCAUAGAAUUGCAGAGUUGGAAGCGACCCUGAGGGUCAUCUAGUCCAACCCCCUGCACUGCAGGAAUCUCAACUAGAUUCUGCAUGACAGAUGACUAUCCAACCUCUGCUUAAAAACCUCCAAGGAAGGAGAGUCCACCACCUCUUGUGGAAGUCUGUGCCACUGUCAAACAGCUGUUACUGUCCGAAAACUUUCCUGAAGUCAGAAUCUCCUUCCUUGUAAAUUGAAUCCAUUGGUUCAGAUCCUAGCCUCUGGAGCAGGAGAAAACAAUUGCAUCCUAUGUGACAGCCCUUUAAAUGUUUGAAGAUGGCAAUCCUAUCUCCUCUCAGUCUCCCCUUUACCAAGCUAAACAUACCCAAUUCCCUCAUCCGUUCCUCAUAAGGCUUGGUUUCCAGACCCUUUAUCAUCUUGGUCCUCCUCCUCUGCACACAUUCCAGCUUGUCAAUAUCCUUCUUAACUUUUGGUGUCCAGAAAUGGACACAGUACUCCAGAUCUCACCAAGGCAGAAAUAGGGCAAGAACGUAAGAUUCUGCUGGCUUGAUCCCUGUAUUUUAAACCCUUGGUUAGGAAGCACGGUGCCAUUAAGAGUUUCCUUAGCAAUAUCAAUUAAUCAAAUGUAUUAGGAGGUACCGUAAGUGCAUUAAGGAUAUAAUUGAGCACAGAAGGCAUGUUAUGAAAGCUAGUUGGAGGCACCACAUCUGCAGUGUUCUGGCUUUGGAAUCUCUGGCCUCAUUUAUUAGAGCCAUUUCCAUUAUCUCACUGGUCUGAGGCAGGUGGACAAAGCUUCUGUGCUGUUCCGUCUCUCUGAGAAGAUGGGAUUCUGCUUCAGGUUGACUAAAGCAUUGUUUCGUCACAGGCAGAAUGAUAAUGGAUUAUACUAGUGCGGGCUUCCUAAAUCACCAGGCUGUGUGCAUGUGUUGUGCUAAUGCAAAAUGGUGAAAAGGGGGGAAAAAUGGAAGCAUUAUCCAAAGUUCCUGUUUGAGUCUAGUCUUUCUGUUUAGGUCAGAAAAAAAAAUUCAAGCUGUGACCAUUUGUUAUGUUCUCCUAAAGUCGUGCGCAAGCCACUUUUUAAAAAAUCAGAAAAGGUAAUUUAAUUUCAGUAACUCACUCGAGAGUUCAGCUCGUGAUAUUUUCUAAUCAUUAAAUUAUUCUUCAGUGAAGGAAAAAAAGAAAAUGAGGAAAUGAAACAGGCUUCCCUUUGAAGCAGGAUGCAGUGUUAAUUAAUGUGAAGCAUGAAAGCACCAGACUUCAAUCUUGGUUUCCAUUGUAAUUCUGAGUUGUAUCUGCCAAAGUCAUACUUGGGAUGUGUGCACAUUGCAGCCAGACAAUUUAUUUUUUCACUUUGUUUUGAAGCUGGUUUUGGGGGGAAACACAUCACAUAUAUAUAUAUUGUUGAUUAAAACAGUGAACUAACAAAAACAAUUAAAGAGAGAAAAUGAAUAAUAAAACUUUUUUUUAAAUUACAGACUCCAUAUACGAAUGUGACCUCUACUGUUGGCAGCAAAAUGCCUCUGAAUACCAGUUCCUGGGAAUCACAGGUGGAAAGUGGGGUGUUGUGCUCAAGUCCUACUUUUGGGCAUCUGGGUUGGCCAUUGUGAGAACAGAAUGCUGGACUAGAUGGGUCAUUCGCCAGAUUCAACAGAGCUCUUACAUUCUUACAAAGGAAGUGAAAAUCAAGUUUAUUUAUGUGCUGUUCUUACCGACAGAGCAAGCUGAGAGCAGUUACUUGGUUUUUGCUUGGGGUCAGUUAUGCUUUGGUUAUUAGUCUGUAACGUUUUGCAUUAUGUUAAAACAAGUGCUGUGAAGCCUUAGAAACAAUGCAUUUCCCUUGUCCCUUUCCUGUGUCUAUCUCUUGUUAUAUAUAAAAAUACAUUUUAUGUGAUUAAAAACAAUUUGAACC